CCGGGAGACAGUAAAAAUGGACGAGUCGGGAUAUGCUUUUUUUUUUCUUUCUUUCUUUCUUGACGGUGCAUCGUCCUCCUCUUCUGCUUUCAACAGGAGGCUGUCCGUCUGAGUGAAGGCUCUGUCGUCUGGAUGGGAAAGGCUCCAUGUUCAGUGCAUUUCUGCUGGUGUUUGGCUGCCUGCUGCAGAGGAAACUACCGACCACAGAGGGGCAUCGUGGGACCAACCGGCAUGUCUUCUACGUAGUCCAAAUGGAUGGAGGCACGAGAGCUGCCAUGGCUCUGGCCGAGCAGCACGGACUGGAGUUCAUAUACCAGGUUGGCAGCCUGGAGGAUCUGUACACCUUGAAAGACUGCAGGGGGCGCCGUGAUAGAGCCACCUUUGAGGACAGACUUGCGAAUGCAGCGGGGGUUCACUGGGUGCAGAGGCAGCAUGGUCAUUACAGAGAGAAACGGGUUCCUGCGACAUGGCUGAGCUACAGAGCUAAUAAGAAUUCCCGGAGGACAGAGUCUGCAGCUGACGGGCAGCCUGAGGAGGAUAAGAGUGACCAGUCCCUCACCUUCAAUGACCCACUCUGGCCCAUGCAGUGGGAACUGUUUGCACAGGGAGAAUAUAACACCGGUGGGUUUGACCUGAAUGUGAUGCCGGUUUGGAAGAACAACAUUACCGGCCGUGGAGUAGUUGUCAGCAUCGUUGAUGAUGGUGUUGAUCACACAAACAAGGACCUGAAGAAAAACUUUGAGGCCCUCGCCAGUUUUGACGUGCUUGCAUCACACGGCCUGUCCCAUGAUCCCAUGCCCACCAGAAAUGAGGAGAAUAGUCACGGUACCCAUUGUGCAGGGGAAGUUGCCAUGGAGGCCAACAACUCCUACUGCGGUGUGGGCAUCGCCUUCAAUGCCAGGAUCGGAGGUAUCCGGUUGUUGGAGGGAACGGUCACCGAUGCCAUGGAGGCCACUGCACUGACCUUCAACAUGCACUUCAUCGACAUCUACGUCUGCAGCUGGGGCCCGCGGGACGACGGGGCCAAGAUGGACGGCCCGCACAGCCUGUCAGAGAAAGCCCUCCAGCAUGGAGCUCACAAGGGCCGAGGUGGGAAGGGCAGCAUCUUUGUGUGGGCGGCGGGUAAUGGUGGUAUCAGCUAUGACCACUGCGGCGCAGACGGUUAUGUUAACUCCAUCUACACCAUUGCCAUUGGCGCCGUCACUCAAACCGGGAAGGCCACCCACUUCGGCGAGCCCUGCCCUGGAGUCAUGGCCGUCACCCUGACAGGAUCCAGCACGGGAGGCCCGCUACCUUUGGUGACUCUGACCAACAUGGGUGACGGCUGUGUCACAUACUUUCCAGGAACAUCCAGCGCUGCUCCAAUCGCUGCAGGAAUUCUGGCUCUUGCCUUAGAAGUGAAUCCUAAGCUGACGUGGAGGGAUGUUCAGCAUCUGAUCGCCAAGACAGCAAAGAUCUCUGACCCAGAAGAGCCUGGAUGGAACAUCAACGCAGCGGGAUACCAUGUUCACCAUAGGUUUGGCUUUGGAGUGUUGGAUGCAGCGUUGAUGGUGCAGCAGGCCACACAUUUCCAACCUGUUGCCCCACAGAGGAGGUGCACGCAAGAUAUCACACUUAAUCCUGCAAGAAUUCUUUCCUCAGGAGGCGAAGUCACAGUGGAAAUCCAAGCAGACGCCUGCAAAGGGGGAGAUAACCAGAUCAACGUCCUGGAGCACGUCGAGGUGACAGUCAGUAUCAACGCCGUGUGCCGUGGUGACCUCUCCAUAAGCCUCGAGUCUCCAGGCGGCACAGUAUCAGUGCUGUUGGACACCAGACCCAACGACGCCUCCACGGCUGGGCUGAAGAACUGGACUCUGAUGACGGUGCACAGCUGGGGGGAGCAGCCACGAGGCCUCUGGACCCUCCGGGUGACUGACCACAGAGGCACAGUGUGGAGCUGUGUGAGGCCGAGCGAAGAGAAGGCAGCCGGAGCUUUGCUCAGCGUUACACUCAUCCUCUAUGGCACCUACCACCCACACAAGACCACGCACGAGGAACCCCUGCAGAGCAUUGUGUCCAUGGGGGAGCAUCACCCCAUCUCUCACUGGGGGAUAUACCAGAGGGAGCAUUACCCCCCUCUGGAGCUGAUUCAACGGGUUUACCAAAUGGAGAGAGAUGCGAGGGUGCAGGCGGCUGAUAUCAGCGUCCCAGCCAGGCUCGAGGUGCAGAUGUCGAAAACCCCCGAACACAGAGUGGUGGCGAACAUGAGUCUCAGCAAACCCCAAACACCAAGAAUGGAUUUUAAGACAGAUGCCGUACAGACGUCCUCCUCGAGAUCAAGGCCUGCUGUUGUGAAGAAGCCUCCUGAAACCAAGACUGUCAGGGAUGAUGUGGAUGGAGAGAGCAGGUCCCUACCCUCACAGACCGUCCAGGAUACCAACGCGGCUCAGGUGCAACGGUCGGACUCUUCAGAUCCAAGAGAUGAAGGCACCGUGAGCAGGCAGGCAGGCAGGCUGGGUGGGGGAGGGAGGGAGUGGGGCAGCCGGUAGGGAGCUGAAGACACAAACAUGAACCACGGUUAAAUAAAGACUCUUAUUUUUCACAGUGCAGCAAGCCGAUUGAUCACGAAUCAAUUCCUCGCACUGUAUUUCGACUGUGUGGCCUCGGUGUCAGCUCAGAUUAUUUAUCGUGGACUCUUAAAAACUCAAUCACUCUCCGAACCCACAGAA